AUGAGCCGAUACGGAAAAUGGGACGACUUCUGUCGGGAUAGUGGUAGUGGGUAUGCGACAAUUCCUGUAUGCAACCUAUUUGAGCAGGCGCGUGCAAGAGGUGGAUCUGCACCGUACUUUGACGGCUGCGAACUUGAGGGCAUAUCGCUGGGAGGAGACCGACAUCUUGCAAAUCUAGGGUCAAUACUGAUCGCAGGCAUUGCGAUUUUGGCGUCGUUCUUCCUGCUAUGGAAGUCGGAACGGAAAAAGGCUGCUGUGGGCAGAAGAGAAAUGCAAAUCUUCCUCAUCGGCUACAUAAUAAUCGAGAUCUGCGAGAUAUUCACAGUCGGCGGCUUCCCACUCAACGGUGCUGUACGGAGGGUCUUUUCCGCAGUUCAUAUAGCCGCAGUGGUCGCUACUCUCUGGAUCCUGAUGAUGAAUGGCGCAGUCGGAUAUCAACUCAUUGACGACGGCACGCCUCUCUCAAUUGCCCUGAUCUUUGGCUCCGCUGCCGCGCUCUUCGUUGGCACAGGAUACAUCGCACUUGAUACUGCAUUCAGCUGGACAGGCUACUUUGAUGACACGCUCCCGGCACCGAACCAAGCGUACGCACUAUACACGUUGUAUCAGCUAGUACCUCUUGUCUUCUUGGUGGUGUACUUCAUCCUGGAGAGUGUAUUGGUGCUGAAGGUUCUCGGGGAGGUUCGACCAAUGUACUUCCUCGUUGGCGCCGCGGUGCUUUUCGCAAUCGGCCAAAUCUUCCAAUACGUGAUCAGUGUUCACAUCUGCAAUGGCACGAAUGGCGCGAUCAACGGCGGCCUGUUCGAGACUCUUUUCACAUUACUGGCGGUUAUCACAAUUUGGUUCUUCUGGUCUAGCAUAACGGAGGACGACUGGCCCAUGCCACCAUCGACAGGCAGCACGUACACGUAG